AUGCUCGGAUUAUUUCUUGGAUUUUGGGGUCCAUUGAGCCGCAUAUGGUGAACAAUCUGCGGUCCUUUAACACCGCCAAGGAGAUGUGGGAUUAUUUGAAGCGCAUCUACAACCAAGACAACAAUGCAAGGCGGUUUCAGUUGGAGUUGGAGAUUGCAAAUUACAGCCAAGGUAAUCUUUCCAUUCAGGAGUAUUAUUCUAGGUUUCUUAAUCUGUGGAACGAGUAUUCCGGAAUCAUUCAUGCUAAGGUGGCAAAAGAAGCCUUGUCCGCUAUUCAAGAGGUUCAUGCAACCAGCAAACGUGAUCAAUUUUUGAUGAAACUUAGGCCAGAAUUUGAAGUUACUAGGGCUGCGCUAUUAAACAGAGAUCUUGUUCCCUCUUUGGAUGUGUGUCUUGGUGAAUUGCUUCGUGAGGAGCAACGGACUCUUACCCAGGCUGUUAUGGCACAAGAGAAGCUGUCCUCAGAUGCUGUGAAUGUUGCAUAUGCUACUCAAGGGAAGGGAAAGGGCAAGGACAAGGUCCAGUGCUAUUGCUGCAAGGAAUUCGGCCAUAUUGCUCGCAACUGCAAUAAGAAAUUCUACACUUACUGUAAGCAGUCUGGGCACAUCAUUAAGGAGUGUCCUACGCGACCUCAGAAUCGCCGAGCCAAUGCUUUUCAAGCUGCGGUCAGUUCUUCUGCUUCUGUGGAUCAGUCCGCAAGAAUCGCAUCUGCUGCAGACACAUCAGCAGGUCCUAACCAAGUUGUUCUUACUCCAAAGAUGGUGCAACAGAUGAUUAUCUCGGCCUUUUCAGCAUUGGGACUUCAAGGUUCAGGAUCAAGUGUCGGGAAAAAUGAUCGCGAAGGGGCCUAAAGUUGGAAGAUUGUUUCC